ACUUACCUAAGCCAUUUUGGGAGAGCUUCACCUGCAUCACUUUCUUCGACAGUCGGAGCUUGUCUGCAGAUUGCAGAUCGCAAAUUCGCGCCUCGUCGCCAUUUGAAGUCUAGAGACCGGCCUCUAUGACAUCCACCUGACCUUUCGAUUGUAUCAUUCAAUACCAUCGGCGGAGCUGACUGACGAGUUAUGAGUACCCGAGGACCACCCCCGGCCACAAUCAUGCGAUGAUGCCGAUACGAUUUCACCAUGUCACCAGCACGAUGCGAAGACUGCCUCUUGGGAAACCCAUGGUGACACAGGCCGCUUGGUUCUCUUCCUCCAAACGACGACUUGGCGUUUCCGCACUGAAGCAAAGAUGGACAGAAGAAAGGCGUCGCCAAGAAAGAGAAAGCAGGGAUUAUUGGGCAGAAGAACGUAGCAGAGAGCGCCAGGAGAAGUUGGACAAGAUUAAACGGAGGCUUCGUGGCGAAGACUUGAAGGCCUCCCAGGAAGACGCUUCAAAGCUCCCGUCAGUUCGACAGACCAAGCCACCCCCACACCCGGUUAACUUCAAGAAGCUACCAGUGGAACAUCGCUUCAAAAGAAUAUUCCUCGACCUGGAUAUUGGGCUGGCCGCCUUGGACUACCGAAUGGUCCACCUCCCCGGCGAAUUGAAAAAAUUGUUCGAGCAGUUGAAGAUACAAAUAUCUCCGCGGCAUGUCAUGAGAAACUGGGACAGGGAGUACUUUGUCGAGACGAUGAACGAGCAUCCCUACACGGUCCUAUACAGGCAUAAGUACGAGCAGAUGAAGGAGAACACGCCGCUCUGGGUUUGGCUUUACGGAGUCACCCAGAAUGGGGGCCCACUCGUUGUUAAUACCGCCAGAAGGACCAUGAGGCGCGAGCUCCACGCCGCCCUGGAAGCCAGAGGCUACGAUCCCGAGGGGCGACUGCUCAGGCCCAAGAGGAACCGCACAGGGAAAGGCACUUCCUUAGAGGGCAACUUAAUGGGCACGAUAGCCCUCACCGCCAGGCUCCCCGCCGACGUGGUAAAGAGGCUUUCCCAGGCCGAUCUGCGGGCGGCGAUGGACGUGGCCGUGGACCGGCUGAUUGAACUCAAGGACGCCGAGCAGAACCCGGAGCGGUGGCAACACGAGUACGACAGGAAACUGGAGGAGAGAGCACGCGAAGAGAUUGAGCGAGAGGAUGAAGCAAAGCGCCGGAAAGAGGAGGCGGAAGCAGAAAAGAAGCGGCGAGAGGAUGAGUGGCUGGAGAAGGAGUUCCACAAGGAGGCGGUAUGGCGGGAGAGAAGACUGAAACAGGAGGAAGAACGAUCGCGGAUCAUUGAGGAGAAGAAACGCAGGCGGGAGGAGCGGAGGCUCAAGGCCGCCGAAGAGAAGCGCCGGAAAGAAGCAGAGAGGCCUCUGAAUUCGGGCCAGCUCUGGGCGUGAUGAGGAAUAUUGGAGAUGACGGAGAGAUGGAUAUGGGCCUAUUGUUGAGAGACGGCGAGGGCAACUUUCAUGAUGACGGCCUCGGCUGGAGUCUGUGUAAUAUACAUCUACAAAUGAUACCCCCAGAUAGAAGCCAUGACUUUUUACAGACAGGGAAAGGUUCCUUUACUGCCUUUGAUGCUGAUAUCUCACGGGACAUAGCGGCGGUGCAUACAUCACGUUUCUUAACUUGG